AUGGUGACCAAAGAAUUCGACUCUUACAGUGAGCGCAAAGCAUUCGACGAAGCCAAAGCAGGUGUGAAAGGCCUCGUUGAUGCUCGCGUCACUGAGAUUCCUCGUAUCUUCCGUCUCCCUCAAGGUACCUUAUCCGAUAAGAAACACUCUGUUUCUGCCUCGGAUUUCGCAAUCCCUAUAAUCGACUUUGCAGGCGUCCACGCGUCGCGUGAACUUGUCGUUGAGAAGAUCAAAGAGGCUGCAGAGAAUUGGGGAUUUUUCCAGGUGAUCAAUCAUGGUGUUCCUAUAAGCGUUCUUCAAGAGAUUCAAGAUGGAGUUCGUAGGUUUUUCGAGCAAGAUCCCGAAGUUAAGAAAUCCUACUUCACACGCGACGCCGCCAAGAAAUUUGUCUACAAUAGUAAUUUUGAUCUCUAUAGUUCUUCUUCAUGUGUUAACUGGAGAGACAGCUUCGCUUGUUACAUGGCUCCUGAUCCUCCAAACCCUGAAGAGCUCCCAGUGGCCUGCAGGGAUGCUAUGAUCGAACACGCGAAGCAUAUGAUGAGCUUAGGUGCUUUGCUCUUUGAGCUCUUGUCAGAAGCUCUUGGUUUGAGCUCUGAGAAGCUUAAGAGCAUGGAUUGUAUGAAGGGUUUGUUUAUGAUAUACCAUUAUUACCCUCCCUGUCCGCAACCUGAGUUAACCAUCGGCACAAAUAAUCAUUCCGACAACUCCUUCCUCACGAUUCUUCUCCAAGACCAAGUCGGUGGCCUUCAAAUUCUUCACCACGACUGUUAUAUCGAUGUCAAGCCUAUUCCAGGAGCUCUCCUAAUAACGAAUGACAGAUUCAUAAGCGCGGAGCAUAGGGUUCUCUCCAACAGAAAUGAGACAAGGAUCUCAGUCGCGAGCUUUUUCAGCACGAACAUGCUUCCGAAUUCAACUGUUUACGGACCAAUUAAAGAGCUUCUCUCUGAAGAAAACCCUCCAAAAUACAGAGACUUCACUUUAGAAGAAUACACAAAGGGAUACGUUAACAAAGGCCUCGAUGGAGCAUCGCAUCUGUCGAGUUUCAAGAUAUGA